UAGAUUUGCCAGCUCUUGUUUUUUUGGACAGGCUAUUUUUAAUAUCGCUUGAGCAGCGAACCGAACAGGAAACCGACGGCAGCAGCCGCUGCUUCGUGUCAUGCACUGCCAUGGUUGUCCUGUCCGUCCGUCCAUUCCCAUUUCUUCCUCCUCCAACAAGCACGACAAUGGCGCCGCCUUUCCCUCCCUCCCACGCCCCUUCUCCAACUCCCAAACACCCGCUCGCCAACCCUGAUACCGGCUUUCUUUCCUCCUCUCCUUCCGCCAUCCAUCCCCUACCGCCGUCCGACGAUAAAGAUCGGAUUUUGUCUCCAGAUGAUUGAAAAAGAUCGGAUUUUUGACUACUAAGUGAAUCCAAUGAGGUCGGAGCCUUCGGGUCUCAGCCUCCUCCGCCGCCUCGGAGGAGGCAAGGAGUGGAGCCGCAACGCCCACCGUGGCCUCGUCCUCGCCCUCACCUUCGUCGCGUACGCCUGCUACCACGCCUCCCGCAAGCCGCCCAGUAUCGUCAAGAGCGUGCUCGACCCCAAGGCCCACCCCUCCGCCGACCCUCGCCUCUGGCCGCUGGGCCCCAUCUUCAUCGAGGCCGGCAGCGUCUCCCACAGCGGCCAGGGAUGGCCGCCGUUCAACGGCACGGACGGCACGGCCAAGCUAGGCGAGAUCGACGUCGCCUUCCUCGCUUGUUAUUCCGUCGGCAUGUACGCCGCCGGCCAUCUCGGCGACCGCCUCGACCUCCGCCUCUUCCUCGCCGUCGGAAUGAUCGGGAGCGGCGCCUUCGUCGCCCUGUUCGGGAUGGGGUACUUCUGGAACAUCCACGCCUUCGAAUUCUACCUCGCCGUGCCAAUGCUCGCCGGAUUUCUCCAGUCGACCGGGUGGCCGUCGGUGGUGGCGGUGGUGGGGAAUUGGUUCGGGGAACGGAAGAGGGGUCUCAUCAUGGGGAUAUGGAACGCCCACACCUCCGUCGGCAACAUCAGCGGGUCGUUGCUCGCCGCCAGCGUGCUGCAGUACGGAUGGGGGUGGUCGUUCAUCCUUCCGGGGGCCCUGAUCGCCGUCGGCGGCGUUCUGGUCUUCUUCUUCUUGGCUGCCUACCCGGAAGAUGUCGUCUUCUCCGUUGUUCCUGACGAGGAAGCCGCGCAGCGGCAGGAGACAGAAACAGAGGACAGAGGAAGCGCGGUGGGAAUUCGCAAGGCAUGCUCGAUACCCGGCGUUAUUCCUUUUGCACUCUGUCUCUUCUUCUCCAAGCUCGUGGCAUACACAUUCUUAUACUGGUUGCCAUUUUACCUCAGCCAGACAGCUAUCGGAGGAGAAUACCUGUCUGUGAAAUCUGCCGGAAACCUUUCGACUCUCUUUGAUGUUGGAGGAAUCAUUGGCGGAAUCCUCGCCGGUUGCAUAUCCGACCAACUCAAUGCCAGGGCCACUACGGCAGCGACGUUCGUGUAUCUAGCGAUUCCUUCCCUUUACAUCUACCACAAGUACGGAGGCAUAUCGAAGACAGUAAACAUCGUGCUGAUGAUGAUCACUGGCUUGUUCGUGAACGGGCCUUACGCUCUCAUAACCACUGCUGUUUCAGCCGACCUCGGCACUCACAAGUCCCUCAAAGGCGAUUCACGGGCACUGGCGACUGUGACCGCGCUGAUCGAUGGCACAGGCUCGGUCGGAGCUGCGGUUGGGCCUCUCGUCACAGGAUUUCUAUCGACAAAGGGGUGGAGUUCGGUGUUCAUGAUGCUGAUGCUCGGAGCAUUCGUAGCGGGCACCCUCUUGUUGGUUCUUGUUCGAGAAGAGGUAUCUCAAAUAAUUCAUCGCCACAGGAAUCCCUUGAUUGGGGGCUCUGCUUCCACGCCGCUUCUGAAGGAGGAUAGUUGAAGGCGAUUGCCAAGUGUGCUUGCCAAUUUAGUUAGAAAAUAUGGAAAUCCUGUAUCAUUUUACUUUGCCACGAAUGCUUAGAUUGUGAAUCCUUAAA